CCCUGUCUACGUCACUGGCUUUUACAGCUACAAGGGGUUGGUUUGCGCUGGCUUUGCUGUAGGGUUGCAAUGCACUUGCACUUGCGUUAAAGAAUAAAAUAGAGAGAAUAAAGCGAAAAGUUUUGUCGUCGUUAACUUGUGCAAGUGUCAUUGGUAAAAUCGGUGACGUAAUACGCAAAGUAUUUGCAUACAAAACGAAAGAAAAUACGAAAAAAUACAUAUCGGAUAACUGAAGCUGCUGCUCAGUGUGUAAAUGGUUUGCAUAAUAUGCGCACAAUCUCCAGCAACUGAAUAAACGCAACGAAAAACAGUCGAACAAAAAUGGAUGGGAACAAAGUCGAUGCAGACAAUUGCGAGCCGGAUGUGGAUGGCUCGCAGUUUAUGCUCGACGACUUGCAGCUGGCGGCGGAACUGGGAAAAACGCUGCUGGAGCGUAACAGAGAAUUGGAAGUAAUGCUGAAGGAGCACAAAACCCGCAAUGAGGAACAGCAGCGGGAAAUUGUGCAUCUGCGAAAGCAAAUCAAUGCAAUGACCGAGGUCAACGAUACGCGCUUAAAGGUCUACGAGCAGCUGGAGGUGGGCAUACAGGACUUGGAGCGCAGCAAUCAUCGCUUGACCCUGGAAAAGUCACGCGAUAAGAAGCAAAUCAAGUCACUGGGAGCCAAUAUCGAAUCCCUGGAAGCGCGCUGUGAAGAACUCAACCAGCAGUUGGAAGAGAUGCGGCAACAACUGAACACGGAGCGGCGCAAAAACGAGAGGCAACAGCCACAGGAUCGAUCUACGGCACCGGCAAGCUCUGAACGUCUAAAUGGUUUGCCCAAGCCAUGGACUGCCAAUGAUCGUGAAGGAGUUGACCUGAAUGCGACGCCCAUAGAGAGCGGGCCAUUUGCUGCAAAUGCCAACUCGACGGGGGUCACCGAAAUGUCGCAAACCAGUGGAUCGGUGGCCUUCAGUGAUAUGGGUAGCUCGGAGGAGAUUAUUGAGGCAGCGGCUGCCGCUGCUGCUGCUGCCAGCAAGGGKGAGGACAAUGAGGAACUGUUAAGUCUGAUAACUGAUAUGGAGUCGGUAAGACGUGAUUUUAUGGCGGAGAAGCAGCGCUGUUGCGAGCUCGAGGAGCAAUUGGUUGCCAUCAUCCAAGAGAACCAGACACUGCAGAGCCGCAUCGCAAUCACCAGCACCAACGAAGAGAUGAUGUCCAUGCAGGAUGAGUUCUCAUUGUUAGAUGACGUCAGGCAGGGACAAAUGUGCAGCCGGUGCCUGCGAGUCAUGGAGGAGCAGGCGUCAAACAACGACGGUCAGUCAUCAGUGGCCCAGACCGAGGACGGACGCGAAGAGGACGACCGCAGCCUUAUGGGCAGUGAGUUCAGCUUACAAUUGGCUGGAAAUAGUGCUGAAUUCUCAUCGAAGCUCAAUGAAAACGAAUUGCUCGAAUUGAAGAAUGCUGGCAGUCCAAAUCCGUAUCGUGACUUGGUCGAGAAAUACGAAGCUCUGUUGGAGGUGCAGCGUACAUCAAAUGUGCGUAAUGGCAACCCCCCCAACGGUGUCCCGGUCUCAAAAGAAAUCUCGAAUGCAGUCGAGUCCAAUCUGGAGCAACCACAGAAGCUCAACGUGACGGCCACCAGGCAGGAAACAGCUGCUGCGACAGAAAACAACGCAAAGUCUGCGCGGGGCCGAACCUCAACGGAGUUCUCAGAGGCAGAGACCUCAUCGUCGGGCUUCUCAGAGGAGACUAGCAACAAGUAUACUCAGACGGAUGAGAGGCCAGGCUACUUCUUGUGCUCAAUCAGCAAUGGCGAGGAGUGUAAACUAAGCAUAUAUGACGACGUUACCCCCAUCGACACACACUUCCAGAGCCGGCCCGAGUACAGGGAAUUAUUCAAGGAAAUUUUCGGUGUGUUGAAAAAGGCCGCCGAUAACAAGGACGAUGGGGAGAAACCAAAAUCGACGGACGAUAAUCGAGCCGAGUCAAACACGGUGGAUGCGGCCGUUAAGGAAGAGUUCUCGGUAGACUUUGGCGAUGAUACGCAAAGUAUUAUAUCAUCUGUCUUUUCGGAUCAUUCAGUUGCCAUGUCCGAGUGCGUCACCAAGCUGGAACGCAAGACGGCCAAGAAGCAUAUAAGUGAGUGCAAAAAUCAAGAGAACAGAAUGUCUCAAGGAAGCUCCACGUCCAUCGCACAACUGAGCGGGCCGAACAAAACGGAUGGCAUCAAAACCAUUGAGGAGAACGGACGGGUAUUGACUCCAUUGAAGCGCGAACCACUCGAGUAUUUGGCUGUUGGUGUGGGCAUUAAGAAGAGGAAUCGUCGCAAGAAUCGAAGUCUACAUAACAAUAGUGGCCGAGUCGAGUCGCCACUGGCACAGCCCUCGCCUCUCGCACAGCCAUGUCCGACACACAGUGCGCGGCGCACCCGCAAAGACUUUGUGCCAAUCCCUCCAGAAAUGUUUGUAACGGAACGUGUUGGCCGCCGGAGACAACCGGAUCCCUCAAGCAACGGCGAAUGGAAUGGCUCCCCAAUGGUAAUCUAUAACCGGAACAUGAGCGCCUCUCGCGCCAAGCGAGCGGGUCGCGUGAUCGAAGUCAAUGGCGUUGAGUUUCAUCCAAAUACGGUGUCCCAGGAGUUCCACAAGCUCAAAAGGCUCGAUCUCUCAUAUGCGGAGGUAUUGCGCCGUGCUGACGCAUGCGAGCACCAAAGUCAACCGCUGCGCGUGCAGCGAAUGCAACAGUCACGUUGGAACAACAAAAGUCAAAAUAAUCGCCGCUAAUCCUAGACCUAGCAUCUAUAUAUAUACCUAUGUAAUGAUCCGUAUUUGUAUCAACACUUAACUAUCGACAUGGAUUUAACUUAUGCGAACUAACUCCAACCUUAUCGGAGUGCCUAGUAGUAAUUAAAUGCAUUGCCUGCGAUAGCCUCCGGUAUAUAGCAAUUCUCAAGUUUUAAUAUGUUAUUUUUGUCCUUAACUAUAAAGUGUUCAGUUUUGUAAUCUCCUUACUUAUGUUCUUUAAGUUGUUUUUAAUGUGUAAAUUGCCCUAGUUUGUUUAUAUAUUUCGAGAAAUUUAGCAUUUUUGUAGCAUUUUUAAUAGAUUGUACAAUCCAGCCAUAUUUUCAAUAUACUAUUCUCUUUCAACUAUACAAUUGUAUUUACGACUAUGUAUCAAGUUCUUUAAGAUAUUCAAUAAAUGAGCAUGUGUGCCAAGUCCAACAUAUUUGAAAGAACAUGCAGCGACCAAGUCUAUUCGAAAU